GCGGUGGCGGUGGCGGUGCGGGGGGGACGCGCACCGACGGCUGGGCCAGGUGCGCGCUUGCAGGCGGCAGUGCCCGGUGAGCCCGGGACCGCUCACCCUUGUUGGAGCCUUGGGCCGGAGCACCAGCCUCACUGAAAAGGACCUGAAAGAAGCCAAGGCCCGAAGCCAGCAGAUUGCAGCGCAGCUGACCACCCCACCCAGCUCGAGCUCCCGUGGUGUCCAGCUCUUCAACAGGCGCCGGCAGAGAGUAAACGAGUUCACCUCGGAGAGCCAGAGCCAGAGAGGACCCAAGCCUGGCCAGGAAUUCCUCAGCGUUCCCACUGCCAGCACCACAGGCCAUGCUCUGGGGCUCAGCUUGAGUCGAGCCUCAGUCCUCCCUUCCAAGGCCCCCAAGAAAUCUGACAUAGGGAUCCGCAACCAUAGCAUGGAGGGGUGCUCAGAGGAAACCAGACUGCUUCGGCAUCUGGAGAAGGUGGCAAGUGAGGAGGAGGAGGUACCUUUGGGUGGUUUAUUUAAAGGAGAUGCAGCCCUGCUGACGGCCAAUGGACUGCACCUUUCACAGAACCGAGAGGGCCCAGAACCAAGAGGCCCCAGCAGGCCCCUUCAAUUCCACCGGACUGAUGUCUCCAGCCCAGGUGGCAGAUGGCCAACCAAAACCUUUCCAUCACCUAGUACCACACUCAUCACACCAGCUUCUAACAGCAACCACAUCUUGCCAGCUACAGAUGUCAAUCAGAACCUGUCAGCCACUGUCAUCCAACAGAAUCUGCCCCUCUCCAGUGUCCACAACAAUUCUCUGGAGGCCCAGCCUCUACCAAACAGAUCAGUUCCAGAUUCCCAGGCCAGCACCCCAAGUGCUGAAGGGCAACCCCAGGAGGCAGCUGGGGAGACUCAUCACACACUUCUUAUGGAGAAGGUCUCUACUCCACCCACUACUACCAGCACCUUCUGCAAGGACGCCCCUCCCAUCUCCAGCUUUGUGCCCCCAGGUCCAGACCUCAUGUCCAGCUCCCUUGUCAUCAAUGUGCAGCCCAGGGCCUCCAUGGCGUUAGAAGAGCAGGAGGUACCUGGGCAGGCACCACCCACCACUCCCACCAAGCUGCACAGUGAGCUUCACCUCACGCUAGCCAAGUCUUCACCCGUGAUUAACAGAACGGCCAGGCCCUUUGGGAUCCAGGCUCCAGGCUCCCCUGGUCGGAGCCCCAUGCUGGAAAGACGGUAUCUUGGGGAGAAGGCUGAGGCUCCUCAACUCUCCACCAUGGCAGACAGGAGCCCUCGGCCACAGAGACACGUGAUGUCACCUAGCCCCAUGCUGGGACGGAGGUCUAUGGGACAGCAGAGCCCUGCCCUGGAGAGACGCCCCUUAGGGAAUUUCACCCCACCCCCUACCUAUGCAGAGACCUUGUCCACAGCACCUCCCCCUUCCCGAGUGAGGUCUCCCCCCUCUUACUCUGCCCUGUACCCUAGCUCUGACCCUAAGCUCUCUCACCCAAAAGGUCAAGCAGUCCCUGCCAGCAAGACAGGCAUCCUGGAGGAGUCGAUGGCCCGCAGGGGCAGCCGAAAAUCCAUGUUCACCUUUGUAGAGAAACCCAAGGUGACCCCAAACCCAGAUCUGCUGGACUUGGUCCAGACAGCUGAUGAGAAGCGACGGCAGAGAGACCAGGGGGACGUGGCUGUGGAGGAAGAGCCCUUUGCUCUGGGGGCUGAGGCUUCCAACUUCCAGGCUGAGCUACCACCCCGGGACAGGACCAGCCCUACAGCUGCAGAGGAAACAGCCCCUGAGUGGGCCUCGUGUCUCAAGUCUCCACGCAUCAAGGCCAAGCCAAAGCCCAAACCCAACCAAAACCUCUCAGAGGCCUCUGGCAAGGGGGCUGAGCUCUAUGCCCGCCGCCAGUCUCGGAUGGAGAAGUACGUCAUUGAAUCUUCUGGCCAUGCAGAGCUGGCCCGAUGCCCUUCCCCUACCAUGUCCCUGCCGUCAUCCUGGAAGUACUCUACCAGUGCUCCUGGGGGCUUCCGUGUGGCCUCCCUCAGCCCAGCUCGGACACCGCCUGCCUCUCUCUACCAUGGAUACCUGCCGGAGAAUGGGGUCCUGUGCCCAGAGCCUACCAAGCAACCACCCUACCAGCUGCGGUCCUCACUCUUCGUCCUCUCCCCACUCAAGGAGCCUGCCAAAGCCUUGCCCAGGGGCUCCUCACCCAGGGCCGCUUCACCGAGGGCCGCCUCAUCCAGAUCCGCAUCCCCGGCCAAGCCAAGCUCUCUGGACCUGGUGCCCAGCCUGCCCAAGGGGGCCUUCCCCAUAUCACCGGUCCUGCCUCGGGCCUCCCGCUCCUCACCUGGUCUCUACACCCAAUCUGGCCAGGAUGGUCUGAUGCCCAUUGCCGGGAGCCCCGCCUACAGCACUGACAUCUCCCCGGUGUCGCCUUCCAGGGCAUGGUCUCCUCGAGCCAAGCAGGCGCCUCGGCCCUCCUUCUCCACUCGCAACGCUGGGAUUGAGGCUCAGGUGUGGAAGCCAUCCUUUUGCUUCAAGUAACAAACAGCACGGAGGCCCUCUGCCACCAGAGGCUCUCUCUGAGGCCCAGUGGAGAGCAGAUGUGCUGGCAGCAGGUGGCCCGGGGCUGAGAGGGAUGAGUCAGGGACUCUCAGGAUGCCAGGGCCUGUCCUGCCAGCAGCUAGUAGUGUGAGACCCAGCAGUUACCUCCCCUCCUUGAGCUGCACUGUCCCAUACCCUUCAAGAAGGAGGGAUAACUGAAGGCUGAGGUGGAGGGGGGACAUGGGAAGAUGGAUCCUGAUGAAGCUGAGAAGCUGCCUCUGGCUUUGAGGAGCUGUAGAGAUGUCAGUGUCUCACUCGGGAGGACUUUGGAGGAGAUCCAGGGUUUCUGGAGCCCAGAGAGCUCCAGAGAUCCAGCUACCCUGGGUCUGCCACCUCUGCUGCCUCAGCUGGCCUCCUAGCUCCUGGCAUCUUUUUUGCCUGUUGCUGAAUUCUUACCUCCAACAGUCUGUCCUUUCUGCAUCUGCCUUCUGGACAUCUCUUCUCUCCACUGCUUCACAGAGCUUUGCCUCAGCCUCCACGUUUUCUCCUCUCCUCCUUAAUGCUGCUGCAAGAGGACUCAGCCCAGCACUGCUGACUGAUGAAGCUCUUCCUGCCCCCGUGUUCAAGCCUCUUCGGGUUCCCCUGCAGGGCCCCUGAAGCAACCCACCCCAGAUCUGUCCUAGUCCCACCUGGCUGGCCCUCCACAUUCUGGAGUGUGAUAGGUUCCAUGACAUCCUAGAGAAGUGAGCACUGUAGAAGGAUAUGUGGGUGUCCUGGAACAGCUAGUAAUGAUCCUCACAAUGGCCUUUUGGCUGCAAAUUUGACCAGGUGGCUGCACUAAAGGCUUUUGAGCAGAUGAAGGGGUCACCAGGCGGGAGGCUAAGGGUAAGUUCAGGGGCCUCCUAACUCCCUGACCUUGGCCUCUAACCUUGGCCAAGUCACUUUUAUUUUUUGGAGUGGCCCUUCUAGCUUCCUGUCAGAUUGAAUUGGAGAGACUGGACUGUUGCAAGACGUUGUAAAUGAUCAGACAGUCUCCGAGGGAGAGCAGAAAGGAAGUCAGCUAAGACAGAUGGAGAUUCCGUAUCUACAGACAUGUUAGUUUCUGGGGCAGGCACAGCUGGUAUGAGCUGUGACAGGAGAAGAAGGGAAUGUGAGAUUUAAGCUCAGGGUUACAAGGAGAUAGAGGGAGUAUGGUAAGUAGUAGGUCUGGAGUUAGCAGUUCUAGAAAAGGACAGAAGAGGCAACUUUAAGGUCUUCAGGAAAAGGUUGGGACUCAGAGACCUGACUUGGAACACUUUGAGUCCACAUGUAUCUCUGGACCCCCUUUUCCCCAUGUAGACAUUGAGGGUGUGGGGCAGGUAGCUGAGAUGGUCCUCCUCACUGCUUCUCACACCCCUGCCCCAAACCUAGCUUUGUGGGGAUUGAUAGAAUUACAGACACUGGCAGGAUUCAGAUGGAAGCUUUCCAAUACUGUGGGCUGAGCACCACCCACUUCCUCUUUCCUAGCCCUAUUUCUGGGCUCCCCAGUGGGGCGAAGGGUGGUGGAGGCGGUGCCCAUGCUGGGCUGAGCCUGCAUUUUUCGUGAGCUCAGGGGCUUGUCUCCAUGGAAACAGGGGUGCUUUCCCAGUGAGCUCAUUCUGCCCAGAACUGGGGGCAUGUGUGGGGGAGUCUUGAGUGAGUGCAACUUCUCUGUGCCAACCCCUUCCAGGACAGUGCAGCCUCAGUCAGCAGCUGUUUUCCUCCCUAUCCCGAGGGCCAGCCAGGAAGGAGUCCUACCCCCCUCUCCUGCACUCCUGAGCCUGUCGGCCCCCAAUUUUGUUUUCUCCUGUUCUCAAUACACUCUGCCUCAAA